UGCAACACAGGUUUUGAUAACACUCGUUGUAUUUUAUAAACUUAGUCAAACAAAUAGUGAAUACAUAACUUUUUAAUCAGAGGACAGUCCACAAUAUCCAUUAAAAAUGGCAACUUCAGUUUCAGUUAAUGACAGUUCAGACUUUGUGAAGGACUAUUCUUGUGUUGCUUGCGAAAGUAAAAAUAUCGAAAUAAGUGCUGAUUAUUUUUGUAAAACAUGUUUGAAGUGUUUCUGUCAAACAUGCCUUUAUUACCAUGAUCAAAUGUUUGUAAAACAUUUGACAUAUGGAAGAGGAGAAUCAAAUAAAUGGCCUUUAACAAAGACAACCAAGGAUUUGCUGCUAAAAUGUGAUGUUCACAAAAGCAAGACACUGCAAAUGUUCUGCGAGGACCACAGACAUCUGUGCUGCUCUGAUUGUCUUUUACUGCAUCACAAACAAUGUACGAAUGUGGCUCUAAUUUCUGAAUUAGUCAAAAAUCUGUCAGCGGAUAUCCUGCCGUUGUCAAACAAAAUUCAAAUAAUUCUUGCCGAACUAAAUAAGUUUAAGAGAUCACAAGACGCUAGCAUUCAUUUCGUGGAGGGAUCAUAUAGCGAAAAACUGAAAGAAAUCAGAGAGGUGCGUACUAAAUUUAAUUCUUAUUUGGAUGGACUAGAAAAUUCAACUUUGCAAGAACUAGAUAAAAUAAGGGCUACGUUGCAAACCUCUCUCAAACAAGAUGUUGACAACUGCAGCCGACUGAAGGAUGAACUGAAACAACUCAAAGAAGCUGUACAGAGCCUUUGUGAUAAGAGCAAGAAAGUUAUUGAGUACAUUGCCAACAGGAAAUGCAUGGACAAGAUACUCGAGUGUGAGUCAUAUCUGAAGGACAACUCAGGUAAGCUUCAGAGUUCAAUUAUAUUUCAGGCUAACAUUGACAUUGACCAGUACCUGACCAAACAGUCCAGUCUUGGAAAGAUUCUCACCCUCAAGAUGAAUCCAAACCAGGUAUUGACAGUGAAGAGGAAGUCUGAGUAUAAUGUGAAAAUAUCGAGUGACACAAGUCAGACUUGCUCUAUCCACGGCAUUUGCAGCCUGCCUAAUGGUCAUGUCAUUGUUACAGAUAACAACAAUAACACAGUAAAACUGAUGGACCAGCAUUACAAUGUGUCCGGUCACUGUGAUGUCGCUGAUCGUCCACAUGACAUUUGCCCAAUAACAUCCAGUGAGGUGGCUGUGACUCUUGGUUUUGCCAGUGUGGUGCAGUUUAUAUCUGUGAGCAAUGGGCAGCUGGUGAAUGGGAGAAAGUUACGGUUACCACAUUUUGUCAUGGGUAUUGCCCACCAUCAGGGAGCAUUGUACAUAACCUCUGGCGAUGCCCUCUUCCACUACACCCUUACUGGGGCACUUGUGAAAAAGCUUUAUGAGGAUUUAUCAGAUGGCAAUAGAGUGAGCAAUUGUGCAGUGAGUCCUACUGGUGACAGGAUCUAUGUCACUUACCCCGCCCAGCACAAGCUGCUCACACUGGCCAGAGAUGGCACUCUGCUAUCAACAUUUACUGACCCUAAACUGAAUGCGCCAAGUGGUUUACGUGUCACACCUUCAGGACAAGUCAUUGUCUGUGGAUGCUUCUCCCACACUGUUAUACAGGUGGAUCGUGAGGGGAAACAGAAACUGGCCACUAUAGCUUCACAAAAAGAGGGAGUAAGCUUCCCAGAGUCUGUCUGCUACAACACCAACAGUCACCAGAUCAUUGUGGGCAUGUUCGAUAACAAUAAAAUAAUUGUUAUGAAACUGAAAUAGCGCUUCCAGUGGAAACAACAUCUAUAUAGACACGUUAUGAAUGUUAUUUCUAUUAUUUCUAUGAAUUACGCAAUACGUUUUACCACUUUAUAUCUAUGCCAGGAAAUGAACAUACAACUGUAUACAAUUUUUCUUCUAUUGUUGAGUAUUUAUAAACUUUAUUUUUAAAAUGAUAUGUUUAAAUGCUCCUUAGAUUGUACAAUAUAUGACAAACAUCUAUGUUGAUGCUGAUGUGUUCUUUUGUCUGGCUUCAUGGCAUCUUUGCCACGUAAUAAAUCUUAUAAUUAAUAUACGGUUACACACGUAAUACGUUAAGUUAUUUUUUAGAUAUAUUCUUAUUUUAUCAUAUGUAUAUAUAUCUGAUGAAUAUGUUGCAUUAUCCUUUAGCAAUUUGUUAAAGAAAAAUAUGUUUAAUCAUUUAUUUGUUCAGUUAAAAUAAAAGUUAUUCUUUUUGGUAUUUGUGCCAUUGUCGUGUUUGUGCAUUUGAUAGCCUUUUGUGGGGUAAUUUUACUGCAAAACUUAUGUCUUAGAAGAAAACUGAUUUCAAUAAAAUUUUACAAAUGUGUCGUGUACAUGUAUUUUUAUAUUUUUUUAUUCUACAUAAUAUGAUUGAAGAAUAAAUAAUU